UUUAUCGCUUAUACGUCACCUUCAUUUUGACCUGGCAAAACAAGCUAAUAAAUAGUAAGAUUUUAAAUUUAAAUAAAUCAUGGAGCUUGUUGGUUUUGUACAUAAAUACGAGUGGGGUAAAGUAGGCAAUGACUCUGCGGUAGCCCAGCUCGCAAAACUCAAUGACCCGCAAUUUAAAGUGGAUGAUAAAACUCCUUACGCCGAAUUGUGGAUGGGCUCCCAUCCCAGCGGACCGUCAAAGUACAAAUCAAGUGGCACUACACUACAAGAUGAACUACCAUUUCUAUUGAAAGUUUUAAGUAUAAAUAAGGCUUUGAGUAUUCAAGUUCACCCCAACAAAUCAGAAGCACAAAAAUUGCAUGCGAAAGAACCUAACAUAUACAAAGACCCCAAUCAUAAACCUGAAAUGGCUAUUGCUCUAACGCCCUUUACAGGCUUAUGCGGGUUCCGUCCUCUGCCUGAAAUUUAUGAUAUAUUAUUGAAUAUAGAACCACUUAAGGCUUUGUCGGUGAACGAUCCCAAUGAUCUCAAUCUAUUGGCUGCUAAUGAUGAGCUCGGCUUGCGUAAUUGUUAUCAACAACUAAUGAGUGCAGAAAAUGACACAAUUGGCGCCUGUAUCGAGUCAAUCUCGAAAAGCUAUAUAAAAGAAUUAUGUAAAUACGAUGUGCUUGAAAUCUUUAAUACGCUGAAAAAGGAUUUCCCCAAUGAUGUCGGUGUGUUGUCGCUAUUCUUUUUGAAUGUGAUUCGAUUGCAACCGGGACAGGCGAUGUUUCUUGGCGCAAACCAAAUACAUGCUUACCUAUCGGGUGAUUGUGUCGAGUGUAUGGCUUGUUCAGAUAAUGUGAUACGCGCUGGAUUAACGCCAAAGUAUAAAGACAUCAAACAGCUACUUAGUUGCCUAGAAUAUACAGGUGCUCCAUCCGAAAGCAAAAUAUUUAGCCCGGAACGUGUUGACAACCAUCAAUUAAUAUUCAAACCACCCGUUGAAGACUUUUCACUCAUACAAUUAUCACUGAAACCUACGGAUUUAGAAUAUGUUUUAAAAGUUGAACAAUCGCCAGGUAUUUUACUUGUGAUAAGUGGUGAACGUAACUUGGAAAGCAAAGGAAUGGAUAAGUUGAAACUAAAACGUGGUUCAGUUGUAUAUUUGCCUUUUGAAAGUGGCACAGAAUUACGAUUUUCAUCUGCUGGUGAGGACAAACAUGAAUUUUUGGUUUACAUCAGUACACCUAAUGCAGCAGCCACCAACUCUCAUAUAUAGUUAAAAUUUCCGAUUCUACCGAAGUUAUGAUUUCCCAUUUAUUGCAGUUACUUUUAUAAAUGCAAUAAAUGUAUAUUUUUAGUUUUAAAUAAUAAAAAGGCAACUAUUAGUAUAACCUUGUAUUGCAAAAAUAUA